AGGCUUCCGUAGAAAAACACCGUGACGUGGAGGAGGUCUUACGAAGAAUCAGGAUAAUCCACGGUCCAUCAUCACGAUCAUCCUCCCAAAGAGCGCCUCGCACUGUGUCGUCCUCAUCCGCUGAACCGUGAGCCAUGUCCGCAGAAAAGAUCAACGAGGCGCACGAUCACAUCGCCAAAGCGGAGAAAUGUCUAAAGACCAGCAUGACCAAGUGGAAACCAGACUAUGAUGGAGCUGCAUCAGAGAUGGCAAAAGCAGCUGUGGCUUUCAAAAACGCAAAACAGUUCGAGCAGGCAAAGGAUGCGUAUCUUAAAGAGGCCGAAUACCACAUAGAAAACAAAACACUCUUCCAUGCUGCUAAGGCGUAUGAACAAGCAGGCAUGAUGUUAAAGGACAUGAAGAGGAUGCCGGAAGCCAUUCAGCUUAUAGAGAAGGCCAGCGUGAUGUACAUUGAGAACGGGACCUCGGGAACUGCAGGAAUUGCAUUAGACAGGGCAGGAAAACUAAUCGAGUCGGUCGAUCUUGAGAAAGCAGUGGAUUUGUACCAGAAAGCUGCUUCUGUGUUUGAGAAUGAAGAUCGUCUCAGAGAGGCUGCAGAACUUCUGGGUAAAGCCUCUAGACUUCUGGUUAGACUGCGCAGGUUGGACGAAGCUGCUGUGUCCAUUCAGAAGGAAAAAAACAUGUACAAGGAAAUCGAAAACUAUCCCACCUGCUUCAAGAAAACAAUCGCCCAGGUUCUGGUGCAUCUACACCGAGUAGAUUUUGUUGCAGCGGAUAAGUGUGUCAGAGAAAGCUACAGUCUCCCAGGCUUCAGUGGAAGCGAGGAUUGCGUUGUCCUGGAGACGCUAUUGGCAGCCUAUGAUGAGCAGGAUGAAGAUGAGGUGUCCCGCAUGUGUAACUUACCUUUAAUGAAAUACAUGGAUAAUGAUUAUGCCAAGUUGGCCAUCUCUCUGAGAGUCCCAGGAGGAGGAGGAGGAGGGAAAAAGAAGAAAUCUGCUCCUCAAGGGGGCAGCACAGCACCGCCAGCAGCUGAGGAAGAUGAUGAUUAUGAAGGAGGUUUGUGUUAAGCUCGAAUCCCCCACACGUGUUUGUCCAAAGUGGAUUCAUUCCUGGUUGUGGGGUUUUUGUUUCUGUGUGUCCCAGCGUUGUCAGAUUUUCGGUGUUUACGUAUGAAAUGCACAGAAAAGCUUUAACACCCCUUAUGAAUAUUUACUACAGUUAAAAUCAAAAAGGUUACACCAUGGUUACUGUAGUAAAACCAUGGUUUUGCUAAUAGUAAUCAAUACACCAAAAAAACAUGGUUACUACACGUUUACCACAAAAAAACAUGGUUAAUUUAAUAAGGGACAGAUGGGUAAUGGACUUCUAUUUAAAAGGUACACUCAAGACAUUUUUCUCAUUGUAAAGGUUGUAUCCUUAUAAUAGUUAAGACUUAUGAAAAUCUGUUUUAUCAGUAGAAAAAUAUUUUACAUGGAGCGGGUCGCCAUAUGGUGGCCGCCAUGUUACGAUCACAUAAUAAGACAACUGCACUAUUGUGUAAUGUAAAAAAUUUGAACUUUUAACAUAUUUAAAAGGUAAAGUGUGUCAUUUCUGAACUACCAGCAGCACAUAACUACCAAUCUAUAGUUCAAAAGCCGCUAAACAUCAAAAAUAAGAAUGAUAUUAACCGAAUGCGCUCGGCACGUAUAUGUUCGGCUUAAUCCCGGCUUAAAGUCAUUCAGAAAUACCACUUUGUUGGCAGAAUCCAUACAUUUUUUUUAAAUAAAAACACACUUAAAGGCGGGGUGCGUGAUUUUUAAAAAACACUUUGGAAAAGGGAGUCCGGCCAAGUACCAAAACACACUUGUAGCCAAUCAGCAGUAAGGGGCGUGUCUACUAACCAACAUCUUUGCCUGGGUUGUGUAUGUGUGGGGCGGGUCUAUCAAAAGAAGGUCCAGAUUCUAUUGGGGUUGGGGCGUGUUUAUUUAGGUGAUUUCAAAUGUCAACAUUGGCUUUCAGAGAUCAUGCACCCCGCCUUUAAAGGGUUUUGUUUUUGAGCUCUUCAAUUGUUUGCUAAAGCCCGAUUUAUAGUUGUGCAUAAGCUCUACGCUGUAGGUUACCCGUAGCCUGUGUGUAGCUUUGCGUAGCCUGACAUGCAAAUUUUUUAACAGCGCAUCAGUUCUCCACGGACCACAAUCUACGCCGUCGCGGCUAUGCUGUAGGACCUUCGCACAAUUAUAACGAGCCCUUAAGAUGGAACCCUUUACCUUUGCGUUGCUGAUGCAAUUGAGCUACAGAAACACAUAAUACAAUUUAGUAUUUCACCAAACUUUCCAAAACUCUUGAUUUAUCCAACACUGACCACUUAUUGGAUAUAAACUUACUGUUUGGUGCCGCUGGUUGUGUAGAAAUUGAAGGACAAAUAUAGACAAUAAAUUCCAACCACUCGAUGUUUCAGAUGCACAUGUGUGAUGUUCAAUAUAUUUUAAUUCACAUUUGUAUAGCGCUUUGUACAAUGGGGUUUCCAUCCAAACAUGAAGCAAAUCUUUUAAAAUUCGCAAAAAAUGAUGGUGGUAUUGGAAACCAAGUAACCAACAGUAAAUAAAACAAGACACGCUUAGAAAAUGGAGACAGGACUGCAUUUAGUCAUGAUUGGGCAAGUUAUAAAGUUACUAGCAGUACAGCUUGUAAUUGCUAAUCUGAAUGCUGUGCACAGAAAAAGGAAUGCAGAAUUUUAGAUGCAGGCACUAGCAGCAAAGGCAUUGCCCCUUAUAUUAUAAAAACAACAACAGCAGAAAAAGCUAGAGAUUCAUUCCCGAGGGUUUAAUGUUCGCUACAUCGGAAUUUAUUCCAUCUCCCAUUAUUAGCAUUUACACUUUUUCGCUUAAAGGUAUUGCGGAGGAUUUUCUUUUUCCGGGUGGAUCUUCAAAACUAUUGGUCCUCCUACUGUAGUUGUCAAUCAGGAGUGUUGCGCAAUUGCCUUUUUUAAAAAAGUGGAGAAGGCGGUUCUUUUUUAAAAUUCCAGAAAAUCCUCCGCAACACCUUUAAAUCAAAAAUUCACCUUAAGCAAGUGUGAAAACUUUUUUUUGCAAAUGAAGGGAUUGUUUCUUAUGCGAUAGGCUACUUCAAAAUUGGGGUGAUGGAAACCCAGCUGUUCAAAGCAGCUGUGCGAAAGGAUUUAUGAGAGGUAUUGGAUCAUAUUUUCAUAUAAUAAGAACGGUGCAGUUAUGUGUACAGGCUCACUUUAUGAUUUAUUUUUAUUUGUGAACAGUCUGUAUCUGUAAUGUCAAGUGUUGUCGGAUCAGUUUGUAUAUGUUAUUGUUCAUUAUGUAUGAUAAUUUAUUCUAAGUGUUAACUUCUAUGUAGUGAAGUACAAUGCUCAAAUGUUUUCAAAUGUACAAACAGAUAUAGAGUAUAAUAAUUUAAGUGUUAUAAAUAAUGAUAUCAUUUUGUCACUGUCAGCUAUUAAAGGUGUUUGCCUUUUGUUCAGUGCCAUACGUCAAAUUUCGAAUAGGAAAGCAGCAUUUCUGAUCUAUAUUACAUAAAGAAACCAAUUUAGGACAGGAUUUAAAAAUAAACCCAUGAGCGGAUGAACCUGUUGUGUUCUUUGUUUUUUAUGGCAUUUUUAUGCAUUAUGUUUUACGAUACACCCAACAAUUUGACAUUUUAUCUCCAUAUAAACAUUGUUCAAAGACUGUAUAAAGCUGUUCAGUUUGUAAACUUAAAACCUGGAAUAGUAUAAGCCUUUUUAAGCCAUGGGUUCCCACUGGACUUUCUAAUGGGCUUUUAGGGCGGUGCUUUCGAUUUAUGAGCAACAUAAGGUUUGUAGUGAACAUUCUUUCUGAAAUAAAUGGCACACAGUCA